AAGCGAUGCAGUCGAAAUCUACCGACUGAAUUGAUAACUUUUGGCAGUUGUCAACAGAGAUAGAGUCUCUCGACAUCGUAGCUUGUGUGCAGCAGAAUUGCUCUCUAAUUUAUUUUCUUCUUUUUUCCCGUUUUGGCCAAAAUGUGCACUUCGUGAUAUAGAGAACUAUGAAAGCUAGAAAAGUUCUUUAAAAUGUAGGAUAUUUUACCGACAUUGGAGAUUGAUCAAUGCACAUUUUUUCCUCUCAAAUAAAGGCCCAUAUUCGAUGCCAUAAAUAUGGUAGAAAAAUGUAUUUUGAAGUUUGAACUUUUUCGUAUAUUCAGUUGUCCGACACCAUUUCUUCUUCAAAUUUCGUUUUCAAUUCAUUUUUCAUAAAUUUAUUUUUUAAAGCAACUAAAAUUACAACGAAUGUAACGUGGUAAACUUCCUAUUGACUGCGGCCCCCUUCUGGCAGAUUCAGAUCGGAUACAGUCUGUCAACAUCUCGGCGCAAUUGCUCUCUAUCUCUUUCGUCCCUCUUCGGCCAAAAUGUGCAUUUUGUGAUCUAGAGAAGUAUGAAAACUAGAAAAGUUCUGAAAAAUGUAGGAUAUUUUACCGACAUUGGAGAUUGAUCAAUGCACAUUUUUCUGUCAAAUAAAAGUUUUAUUUCCCUUGUAAAGAAAAAUUUCUUAUUGCAACCGAAGUUAAUCAAGCCAAAUGGAUAGGAUUAGUCUCUAGAGUAUUCCAUUCUCGUAGCGUUCAAGAUAUACAGAGUCUGUCGACAUCAUAACUCGUGUUUAGCGCGAUUAUAAUCUACUUUUUUUCUUGUAUUUAUCAAAGAAGAAAAGAAUUAAAAAAAAAAGUAAAAUUCUUCUCAUUUAUUCUAGUGCAAUGUAUUUUACCUCAAACAACACCAGAAACAAUUUUAUCAAAUCCUUGGUAUGGUAAAGGUUUUUAUGAACCACAACAAUAUAAAGUUGCAAUUGAACGAUGUAAAAAUGGAUAUGAUUCAUGUGAAUCAUUUAUUAAAUUAUUAGAACAUCGAGUAAAAAUUGAAAGAGAUUAUAGUACAGAAUUAAAAAAAUGGUCACUAACAUGGCUAAAAGAAAUACAACAUUCACAAGAUUAUGGAACAAAUAAAAAAACAUGUUUAGCAUUAAUUAAUACCGGUGAACAACAAGCUUAUUCUCAUGUAAAAAUGGCAGAUAAUUUACAAGAAAAUGUUAUUAAUAAAAUGCUUCUCUAUCGUAGAGAAAAUUAUUCUAGAUCAUUAAUUCAUUUACAAAAAAUGAUGCUAAAAAAAUUAUAUUUAGAUAGUUCAAAAAAAUUAAAAAGUUAUGAACAAGCAGAAAAAAUUAUACAAAGUGAUUCAGGUAAAACAGAUGAACAAAAACAACAUGUUAAAUUAACUGUUGAUACAUUGAAAAAAGAUUGUAGUAGUCAAAAAGUUAAAUAUCAACAAUUAAUUGAAGAAAUGAAAAAUAUGCGUCCACAAUAUGAAAUAUCAAUGAAUGAUGUAUUAGAACGUACUAAUGAUUUUGAACGAAAAAGAAUGAAUCAUUUUAAACAAAUAUUUCAAGAUUAUCAUGAUACAAUUUAUACUCCAAAUGAUGAAAAUUUAGCAAAAAUGUCAACCGAUUUUAAAAAAGUAUUAAGUGAACAUAAUGUUGAGAAUGAUAUACAAUGGUGGAAUACACAUUAUGGAAAAUAUACAGAAAGUAAUUGGCCCGUAUUUGAAGAAUUAAAAGAUUAA